AUGGAAUGUUCAUGUCUCCCUAAGUCUCCGAUAUGUUCAUGUAUCCCAUGUGUCUCACAGAAGCCUUCCUCCAAGGCUGAUUCUGAUGCUGCAUCUGAGUGGCCUCCCAGAAACUUAUACUGGGAUGGUCAAUGCACAGCUUGCCCUGCUAAAUUAUACAACCACUGUUCUCGCGGAGGUGUUCUGGUUGGUGAGCGGGCUUGCGGGAUCACGCGUAUGUGGUGUGAAGGACACUGCACGGAACCUUUGCUGUCUGGGGCUCCUCAGCCAACACUUUACUGGGAUGGCCAGUGCACUGCUUGUCCUGCCAGUUUAUAUCCAGACAGCCACUGCGCACUUGGAGGGACGAUUGUGGACGAGCGGGCAUGUGGGCCAGCCAGAGCUCAUUGUGAAGCGAGAUGCCGCCAACCGCAGUCAACACCUUCACCACAGCCUCAGCUGUACUGGGAUGGCCAGUGUAAGGCUUGUCCAGCCAGCUUAUAUGAAAGUAGCCACUGCUCCCAGGGUGGAUCACUGGUCGGCGAGAGAGGAUGUGGGUUUCUGCACAUUCUUUGCGAGGGUCAUUGCUCACAGCCUGCCCCUACGCCUGAAGGCGCAGACUGGAUCGUGAUUGGGGGAGGUGCCUCGGGAUGCACAGCAGCAGCUGCUUUAGCAGAUGCUGGAGAGGACGUCUUGGUCCUGGAACGAGGCUACUCCGACUUGGAUGUGCCUGACACUGAAUGGGCCAAUACCUGGCCGCAGGUUGUGAACACAAAGGCUGCGCAGGAGAUCAGGUGGACUGAUGGCACCUGGGGAGCCGUGGCAAAUGUCUUGGGAGGAGGCACACAAAUCAAUGGUGGCUUGUACAUCGAGGAGGAGCCAGAGUUCUUCGCCGAGAGCUUCGGCCAGGAUUUCAACGCAUCGAAAUUUUACCGAAGCUCCGCUUGGGUGGCGGAAGAACUCUCCGAGCCUCUGCAGCCCUCAAGCUAUGGCCGGCGUUUUGCCCAAGCACUCCACGAAGUGGGGUCUGGCUCCAAUGAUCCGAAGCCCAGCAUUCGCAUGAAGUCCAAUAGCUCUUGGGUUGCUUACUCCACCUUUAACACGACACAGCCAACAUGGUCUCGCCGUGGUGCAGCAGACCUCCUUCACAUGCGCUCCGAGAUGACGAAUCUCAGAUUCUACACAGGUUAUCAGGUCAUGAAGAUCAACUUCGAGGGCGAACGGGCCACCAGUGUUCAGGUGGAGAACAACUUCAAGGAAGUGGUAACCAUUACAGCACGCAAAGGCAUCAUACUUGCUGCGGGCGCCGUCUUCUCACCCCAGCUUCUUCAAGUAUCAGGCAUUGGAGAUCCAGCUUUACUGCGCAGUUUGGGAGUCCAGGAGGUUGCACCAAACCCAGAUGUGGGCCAAAAUUUUGUGGAUCGGAACAUGGUGAAUUUUGGUGUCUGGUCUUCGGAGUCCAAGCCUCUGUUUGUUGGCUACGCCAUGGCGUCGAAUACCACCUCGCAGAUCACCUUCGAAACCGAUGGUUGGGGAAAAGUCGCCAGCUCCUUCGCCAUUGCCUCGGUUGGCUUGGUGGCCCCAGAUCAACGCACAGAUCUCUUGCGCAAGACUAUGACCCCGUUGUUUGAGGGCCCCAUUGGGAAGAUCAUGGACAACAUGAUCCAGUUUGUGGCGCUGAAUCACAAAACAUAUUCGCGCGGCUCCGUAACUGCAGUCUCUGCUGAUGCUAGAACUGCUCCAACAGUGACGGCAAACCACUUCAAGGAUCCCCGUGACUUGGAGCAGAAGUUCACGGCUAUGAGAGCGCUGAAGGAGAUCAUCUAUUCCGACGCCUUGAAGGACCUGGUGAACGCAAAGUCCUUCAGCGGUGCUGAUGCCAUAGUUCCUGUCUACCUCAGCUGCAUUAAGAACGGCCCGCAGACAGACGCGAAAGCAAUCAUCGUACCAUGCCUACCCGACGAUCAAUUUUCAACUUCAAGGGAAGACUAUAUCGAAUACUUUCACAAGGCUGUGGUCUCGUCCUACCACUAUUUUGGCACUGCUUCCUUCGGGAAUGUAGUCAGUGGCGCCGAGUUCACCGUGAAGGGAACUAGCAAUGUGCACGUCGUGGAUGCCUCAAUUUUUCCGAAUCCGACACGCGUGAACCCACAGGGUACGAUUAUG